AUGGUCUAAGAUCAGCUUUAAACUUAAGGAAUUAAACGUAGUAGAAAGCGUUCAAUAUCAUUGAGAAAUUAAUAAGAACUUCAAGAAAUGAGAGAGAAAUUACAAAAGUAACAUCAAAAGUCAAAUUUGCUGUAAAAACUAAAUAUUAAAUUAAUUAGACCUUUUAACCUUAGAGAAAUCGACAAUUUAUAGCAAUUUAAAGUUUCUCAAUGGGGAUGCAAUUACUUUUCUGAAUAGUUUAUGAAUUCUAAAGAUCAUACAAAGAGAGAAGAUGAGAAGACUGAGUUAGAAAAGCUCAAUGAUGAGUUAAAAGUUGAAGGAUAGAUAAAAAACGGAAUUUUCGAUAAUUUUUUCUCCUUUUUCAGGCCAUCAUUCAUUAGUUAAACUAUGAUGGUUAGUGAAAAUAGAUUAAGUUAGAAUGAUGAGCAUUCAAUUAGGAAAUUACCAACCUCUGAGGAAGUAUGUAUUAAGGAGAAAUCAAGGCAUUGUGAGAAAAAGAAAAUAAGUGAAGAGAUUUUUUUCAAAACUGACUUCUUUUAAAAUGAACUACAAUUUAAAUUUUCAAGAACACACAAGGGACUACCCAGAAAGAAAUUCCUUAUUUACCCUGAUAGUGCUUUUAAGAUCAGAUGGGAUCUCUUGAUUACUAUGUAUUAUAUUUAAUAUAUUUUAUUUUUUAGGUUGCUUCUAUACACGUGUAUUCAAUGUCCAUACUCAAUUGCAUUUCUGGAUAAUCCAGGCAAUAUAUGGAUAAUAGUAAAUGCUAUUGUAGAUUUCUUGUUCCUUGUAGAUGUAGCAGUUAAUUUUUUCUCAGCAUUCUAUGAUAAGGAGCUUGAAUUAAUUGAUGAUAAAAAAGUAAUAGCUAAAAGCUACAUAAGCUCUUGGUUUGCUAUUGACUUUUUAUCCAUUAUUCCGUUCGACAUGCUAUAUGAUACAAGUGGAUUUAACAGAAUGUCUAGAGUUGUGAGAAUAGGAAAAAUCUACAAAAUAGUAAAAAUGACUAGGAUGGUGAGAAUGCUGAAAAUUGUAAAGGAGAGAAAUAAGUUUGUCAAGUAUCUGAACUAGGCACUCUAAAUUGGAAUAGGAUUCGAGAGACUAAUAUUUUUGCUCAUAAUAUUCUUGGUUAUGUGCCAUGUUACUGCUUGUUAUGGCGACAUCCAUGCUUACAGUAUAGGUGAAAAAUACAUGUCUAUUAUUCUCAUGAUUAUCGGAGUAAUCUCUUUUUCAUUCGCAACAGGAGCUCUUUCAAAUAUUAUUUCAAAUUAUGAUGCAUCUCAAGCUUAGUUAAAAGAAAAAAUGGCUACUCUAAACGAUAUAAGGACUAAAUACUUGAUUGAUCCUGAACUUUUUGAUGAAUUAAGAAAAACUAUAAAAUACGAUCAUAGUAAAAACUUUCAUGAUGUGACUAAAUUCAUGAAUGAAUUACCUUAUAAACUAAAAAUUGAACUCGCUCUUGAAAUACACAAAGAUAUAUACAGAGAGAUUGAAUUCUUCAAAAAACAAGAUAAAAACUUCAUCGUAUGGGUAUGCCCACUACUUAGGCCAUUCUUAGUUUCAGAAUAAGAUUAUAUCUAUAAAGAAGGCGAUGAUAUAAAGGAAAGAGUUGCAGGCUACGUUAUUCCGAGAUUUGACAACACUGUUUAUAUCUAGAUAGAUAAGGGUGACCACUUUGGAGAACUUGACCUUGUAUACGAUCCUAAAAUACUAAGCUUAACAAUCAAUAUCAAGAAAAAAGCUUAAAAGAAUAAGGACAUAUUUAGAAGAUUCUCAGUUCAAGCGAUAAUAAACUGUGAACUGCUUAUUCUAACUUUAGACGAUAUCGAUAAGAUGAAAUUAGAAUUUCCUGAGGUAUUCGACGACCUCUUUAAUAACAGUCUCAAAAGAUUAGAAAAAGUUCUCAAACUUAAAAUUGAUGCAGUUGAGUAAUGUGAGUCAGUUGCUAUUAAGAACAUUAAUAUGUAGAAUAGAAGAUUUUCUGUAUUUACUAGACUCUAACAAGCAAUGAGUAAAGAAAAUGACAAAAGAUCAGAGUACAUAUAGUAGUACAAAACUUAAAGAUUAAAGAGAAAUUUAACCAUCUCAGAUGUUUAAUAGAUUGCGAAUUUUUCAACGAAUAAAGCUUCAUUGAAACAAAUUGAUGAAGAAAUAGAAAGUUAGGAAUCAUCUGAUGAGAGUUCAAGUUCUAAUUCAUUGAAUGAUGAUGAUGAAAAUGAGGAGAUGAAAAGUGAUUUACAUUUUAACCAAACCAUAAGAGACAAAUCUAUAAUAAUUGACAAAAAGAAGAAAAAAAUGAGGAAAUCAGUUACUAGAGAUGAUGUUACAAAUAACGAGAUCGAUAAUCUUUAUGGCAAUAAAAAGGUGAGUAAAAAGAAUAAAUCAAUAAUGGAAGAGAGUAGCAGUGAUAGCAAAAGUGUUACAUCAGAGGAAAGCUAUACCUUUAAAGAAUCAAAGUCAAAAUCUCAAAAAAGCUAAAAGAGUGCUAUCAGAAAAUAGAUGAGGAAAAAGAUUAGCCACAUAUUUUCAAGACAUAAAAUGUCAGUAAGUAUAAACUCAAUGGCGACAUUUAAAGAGUAGCUUGAUAAAUAAAGAAAACAUGCUUUGAAUCUUAAUAAAAGAGUAGAUGAUAUUGAAGGGAUGAUGAAAUAGAUGAUGGGCCAUAUGAUUUUUAUGAAGGAUUCAAUUAUUGAAAUAAAAGAUCAUAUAAAAGGAGAAUAAUGA